UUUACAUAUAUUAUGAACGGCAAAUUCAAUUUCAUUUUGACUGCAAUGAACCGCUGAUUCACUUUCGGUGGUAUGUCGUGACAUCAACCCGUGACAUUCUUCUGUGAUAUUGGAAAAUUAAAGUCGUUGACUCGACAAAAUUAAUACACUCCUGCAGGUGCAGGGGUUCGAGAAAUCCAGGAUAAAAUUUCAGCUAUACGUUGACACGAGCAACAGUGAUCUGGCGUUCAGAUAGCGAUAAAUUUUGGUGCUUGACGUGCAAAACUUAUUAAGGUAUUGAACAUGAACAGGUUUUCCUUGGGGUUUGUUCAGAGCACUUAUAAGGUAUCCAGAAAAAAAUUUACCUGGAAAUUGACUGGAGGCCAAGUGAUACAAAGAUACUCUAAGUCAACCACAUCAUUUUCCUCCACCCAUGAAUACAUUAUCAUUGGUGCGGGAUCAGCUGGGUGUGUUCUGGCCAAUCGGCUGUCAGCUAAUCCAGAUUUAAGGGUACUCCUCCUUGAAGCUGGACCAUCAGAUAACACAUGGAAAAUACAGAUGCCAGCAGCCAUGUCAUAUAACUUAGAAUAUGACAGUCACAACUGGUUCUAUACAUCAGAGCCUCAGCAAUAUUUAAAAAAUAGGACUAUUUACCAUCCAAGAGGUCGUGUACUGGGCGGGUCCUCCUCAAUAAAUGCAAUGAUUUUUGCACGCGGACAUGCGUUUGAUUAUGACAGAUGGGAUAGGGAAGGUGCCACAGGAUGGUCCUAUGCAGACUGUUUGCCUUACUUCAAGAGGUUGGAAAGAUACGAACAUGGUGCUAGUCAGUAUCGUGGAGGAAGUGGACCAAUGCGAGUGUAUCGUGGAACACAUUCUAAUCCUCUACACCACGUCUUCAUCGCUGCGGGUGUAGAGGCCGGUCACCCAUUUACAGAUGACUUCAACGGUUAUCAACAGGAAGGAGUUGGCUCACUGGAUCGUACUAUACACGAAGGGAAGAGAUGGAGUGCCGCAUCCGCUUAUUUGAAGCCAGCUCUUCCUCGGAAUAACUUAACGACCGAGACCAGAGCACUGGCAAACAGAGUGUUGUUUGAAAACGGUAAAGCUAUCGGAGUAGAAUAUCGGGUUGGGGAUUCAGUGAAACGAGCACGCGCCUCUAAAGAAGUCAUCCUUUCUGGUGGAGUAGUUAAUUCUCCACAGUUACUUAUGCUGUCUGGGAUUGGGGAUGAAACAGAGCUGAAGUUGCUGGGAAUACCUAUGGUGGCAAAGUUACCAGGAGUGGGAAAAAAUCUGCAAGAUCACGUCCAAGUGUAUGUCCAAUAUGAAAGCCUCAAGCCAGUGACGUUGAACAGUACGUUUAAACUGCACAACAUGAUACGAGCUGGCCUACAGUGGUUUUUAUUCAAGAAUGGAGUGUGUGCCUCUAACCAUUUUGAGAGCGGUGGGUUCGUUAAAAGUGAUCCCAGCGUGUCACACCCCGAUAUACAGAUGCAGUUUGUUCCUACUGCGAUGAAAGAGGCGGGCAGUUCUGAGAUUAUUCAACAUGGAUACCAGGUUUGUGCUGAGAUUCUUAGACCCAGCAGCCGGGGCUUCGUGAAACUGCGAUCACGUGACCCACUUUCCCAUCCUGUCAUUCAACCAAACUAUCUGUCACGUGACAGUGAUCGUCGCCUAAUGAGGACCUGUGUGCGAAUUGCACGUGAUGUACUCAACCAGAAGGCCUUUGAACCUUAUAGAGGAAAACCGAUAAAACCAGCUAAGACUUGUGAAACCGAGGACGAAAUAGACGCUUUCGUUCAAGGAUACGCUAAGACUGAUUACCAUCUCUGUGGAACGAACAAGAUGGGAGCCGAAGAUGACCCGAUGGCUGUUGUCGACGCGCAAACUCGUGUCUUCGGAGUCGACAAUCUCCGGAUCGUGGAUGCGUCUGUAUUCCCCAGUAUAGUUAGCGGUAAUCUUAAUGCUUCUACGCUCAUGAUGGCGGAAAAAGCCGCAGAUUCUAUUUUGGGGAAGUCGCCAUUGCCUAAGGAACACGUUCCAGUAUAUGGCACAUCAUGACCUUUAGCUGUUGUUACAGAACUCUGAGUAGAGAUCGAUGAUUUAUAAACGUGAACCAGUCUUGUUUCUUCGAGAAAAGCCAUAUCUCCCCACAUGUCGAACGCUAUAACCAGUUCUGAUCUUUUCAUUUCGUGCAGACACUUUAAUACCUUUUAAUUCAUUUUCUUUUGUGCGAGUCGUGAUUAUGCAAAGAUGUGUCAUUCAUUGAUUACCGUCUUCUGAGCUCCAAGAUGCCCGGAGGCUUUGUCUAAAAACGAGGCCGAGUGCCAAACAGAUUUCAGUUAUCAUGCAAUAAAAACUCUUUUCCACAAGGAAAUUUCUGCAUGUGACCUCGUUUUGAAAUUGAAGCUGUCUAAAACUCGGAGACAUGUCUCUCUUACCCCGCGCCUAUAUCACAAUUUGACAUAAUCUACCAGAGAUUUCUUCCCCGAUAGCAAAAUUGUUCGGCAGCUUUGGUAGUCUCAAAUCCGAUUUCCAGUGAAUUUCAACCCAUAAACUUAACGAAGUCUGUAUUAUUCAAGUUAUAAUCCAGGAAACCGGACUUUAUUUCUUUUACUCAUAUUCUUUCUUUUUUUGACAUUGAACUGUCCAUUUCGUGGCAAUUCAGACGAGGAUUCCAUGCAGGCACGAUAUCGUCAUUGAAUCUUUGUCUUAAAUAUCUUACAAUUAUUGAGAAAUUAUACCAAGCUAACUUUCUAAAAAUACACUUAUUCUAAGAAUUUGAACAUUUUUUCCCUUAAAUGUUCAAAAAAUGGUGACGAUGAUAAUCAUUGAGAAUAAUUGUUAUGAUUACGAUGAGAUUGACUCCGACGUCUUUCAAGUUCGAACGUUCACUUACGUGUGGUGAGUUACAUCGACCCUUAUCCAAUAAUCUUCAAUUUUUUUCAUGUUGUCCACCGAUUACAUUCCUCUAAUGGUAUUUCUUCUGUACAAUGAAUGAUCUUCAUAUGUCAUUUGCUUAUGCGCUUGACAACAUGGAAAUAGCUUGAGGACAAUCCCUUUGAAUCGAAAUCACACAUUGCCUUAUUGGGCUUUAUUUUAGGAAUUUUCUAUUACUCCGGGAAGUGUUGAGUGGCAUUAAUGCUCGACCUUU